AUGUAUUCGAAAGUAUUUCUUCUCGUAGCUGCACUAGUUGCAGUUAAUGCACAAGAUCACUAUUCGCAUGGACAUGCUACCUCUUCACAGUCCAUAAUUCGCCACGACAGCGCUCCAAGCCACGGUUACAAUGUACAACCUAUCGCUGUUCAUGCCCCAGUAUACCAAUCAGCACCAGUUCAUCAAACUGCUUUAACCGUACAACACGCUGCCCCUGUCUACUCUCAUGCUGCUCCUGUCUACUCUCACGCUGCCCCAGUCUACUCUCAUGCUGCUCCUGUCUACUCGCAUGCUGCCCCAGUUGUCUCUCAUUCUGCGCCAGUCUAUGCCCAUGCUUCCUCUUCUAUUUCUCAUUCUACCCCUUACAUCACUCAUGCUGCACCUAUUACCCAACAUGCCAUCCCUACACAACAUUACUCCGCCCCAGUUGUCACUCUGCAACAUGGAUCCGGUCAUUACAACCAGCAAUACGCACAAGGACAUCAGGAAUACUAUAGCCAUCCUAAAUACGAAUUCCAGUACAGCGUAAAUGACCCUCACACCGGUGACAUUAAGUCUCAGCAUGAAGCUCGCGAUGGCGACCACGUCACCGGUUCCUACAGUCUCCAUGAAGCUGAUGGUUCGGUUAGAACUGUACACUACAAUGCUGAUGCCCACAAUGGAUUCAACGCCCAAGUUGAGCACUCACAGCCAUCCAGACAUGUGACUCCAGUCGCAGCUCAUGCCGCUCCAGUCCUAGCUCAUGCCGCCCCCAUCUACUCCCACUCAGCUCCCGUCUAUUCCCAUGCAGCUCCCGUCAUCACCCACGCUGCACCAGUCCCCCAAUAUACCUCCUACCAUCAUUGA